AUGUCUCCUACACUUAAACAAAACACAAAUACUAUCAGCACUGAAUCGGCAACGCAGACAGCAACUUCUAGAGGCUAUGAAAUGGGCUCAAGGGGCUCCCACAAUAUAGCCAAAGGUGGUGCUCAUCCAUUCCCAAUUCCUAAAUUUGCCAACAAAAAAGAAGAAAGAAAAUGGGCUUUACAACAUAUGGCAGCUGCAUUUAGAGUCUUUGCAAGAAAAGGGUACACUGAAGGAACAGCAGGUCACAUUUCAAUUCGUGAUCCAAUUGACCCUACGACAUUUUGGAUCAACCCAUUGGGCAAACAUUUUGGAUUAAUGAAAGCUAGUGAUAUGGUUCAUGUAGAUGAAGAUGGUAACUUAUUACCCGAUGGAAAUCAAAUUGCAUUGAAUGCAGCUGGCUUUGCUAUUCAUUCAGCAAUUCAUAAAUUACGUCCUGAUGUUCACGCUGCUUGUCAUACUCAUUCAGUUUAUGGUAAAGCAUUUGGGGCAUUGGGUAAGAAAUUAGAUAUGAUUAAUCAAGACGUUUGUACAUUUCACAAUAGUCAUGCUAUUUUUACUGAUUUUGGAGGUGUGGCAUUAGAAGAAGAAGAAGGAAGAAAAAUUGCUGCAGCUUUGGGUAAUGGAAAGGGGAUAAUUUUGCAAAAUCAUGGGUUGUUGACGGUGGGGUCAACCGUUGAUGAAGCUGCAUAUUUAUUUACAUUGAUGGAGAAAUCUUGCCAAAUACAAUUAGCUGCCCAACUGGCUUUGUUACCCGGUGAGUCAUUGAAAUUGAUUGGUGAUGAAGAAGCUGUUUAUUGCGAACACCAUGAUGGAGAUCCUGAAACUUUAUAUACCGAAUUCCAACCUGAAUAUGAGGUGGAAUUGCACUUGGAUGAUAGUUUCUUGAAGUAA